GCGGCGGCUGUCAGAGCAGGAGGGCCGGGCACCGCGGCCAUGGAGGGUCAACGCUGGCUGCCGCUGGAGGCCAAUCCCGAGGUCACCAACCAGUGGCAGAACCAAGAAUAGAAGAUGGAUAGAAAUGUAGUUAACUGACUUAGAAUUUGGAGAAUGAAUAAACCCUAACAACAAUAUCCAUCCCACCCUCUUUUAUUUCCUCAACCUAAUGGAAUGGUAGGAUCUUGGACUCACUCUGUUACCAUCUGUUUCUCAAACAAUUAGGUCUGCAUCCUAACUGGCAAUUCGUCGAUGUAUAUGGAAUGGAUCCUGAACUCCUUAGCAUGGUACCAAGACCAGUCUGCGCAGUAUUACUUCUCUUUCCUAUUACAGAAAAGUAUGAAGUAUUCAGAACAGAAGAGGAAGAAAAAAUAAAAUCUCAGGGACAAGCUGUUACAUCAUCAGUAUAUUUCAUGAAGCAAACGAUCAGCAAUGCCUGUGGAACAAUUGGACUGAUUCAUGCUAUUGCAAACAAUAAAGACAAGAUGCACUUUGAAUCUGGAUCAACCUUGAAAAAAUUCCUGGAGGAAUCUGUAUCAAUGAGCCCUGAAGAACGAGCCAGAUACCUGGAGAACUAUGAUGCCAUCCGAGUUACUCAUGAGACCAGUGCCCAUGAAGGUCAGACUGAGUCCUCCUCGCCAUCCUCAUCACAGCCUCAUUCUAGCCACUGCAGAACGAAGGCCUCAUCAUUGUGUCACCAUGCAUCCCUGCCCUGGGUCAAACGUUACCAUGUAGGCCCUGCAAAGGCUACCAGUCCAUCUCUCCGUCUUCGUCGCUGGCGACCCUUCUUACGCCUACCAUCUUUGGGUCUCCAUUCUGUUGCACCAAAUAUAGAUGAAAAAGUAGAUCUUCAUUUUAUUGCAUUAGUUCAUGUAGAUGGGCAUCUCUAUGAAUUAGAUGGGCGGAAACCAUUUCCAAUUAACCAUGGUGAAACUAGUGAUGAAACUUUAUUAGAGGAUGCCAUAGAAGUUUGCAAGAAGUUUAUGGAGCGUGACCCUGAUGAACUAAGAUUUAAUGCGAUUGCUCUUUCUGCAGCAUAGCUUGUCAAUAAUGGAAACACCAAAUACUGUGUGAUUUGCAACUAAAUUUUCUCUGUCAUACACUAACUCAAACAUUUUGAUAUUUUCCUUAACUUGAUGAUUAAACUUUAUGUGAGUUAAACUUUGCCUUAA